UGGGCGCGCGCUGCGCAGCGUCCCGCGCGCAACUUUCAGGGCGCACUGGGCGCGGCGGCCGCGCGCGGCUUCCCGGAUCCAGCGCGCGGCGCGCGUGGCCGCAUGGAGCCCACCGAGAAGCAGCAUCUGGUGGACGCCAGGCCCGGAGCCCGGUCUUACACGGGAUCUCUGUGGCAGGAGGGGACUGGCUGGAUCCCACUGCCCCCGUCCGGCCUGGACUUGCAGGCCAUUGAGCUAGUCACUGAGAAUAAUCAUUACUGUCAUGCCCAGAAGGGUCCUGGCAGUCACUUCGACCCCAUGAAGGAGCGGGCCCGGCGACAGCUUUAUGUGGCCUCUGCCAUCUGCCUGGUGUUCAUGAUUGGGGAAGUCGUUGGUGGGUACCUAGCUCACAGCUUGGCAGUCAUGACCGAUGCAGCCCACUUGCUCACUGACUUUGCCAGCAUGCUCGUCAGCCUCUUUUCUCUCUGGAUGUCCUCCCGACCAGCCACCAAGACUAUGAACUUCGGCUGGCAGCGAGCCGAGAUCCUGGGAGCCCUGCUCUCUGUACUGUCCAUCUGGGUCGUGACUGGAGUGCUGGUGUUCCUGGCGGUGGAGCGGCUUAUCUCUGGGGACUAUGAGAUCGAAGGGGGGACCAUGCUGAUCACGUCGGGCUGCGCUGUGGCCGUGAAUAUCAUAAUGGGGUUGACUCUUCACCAGUCAGGCCACGGGCACAGCCAUGACACCGGCCAGCAGCAGGAGAAUCCCAGUGUCCGAGCUGCCUUUAUCCAUGUGAUUGGAGACUUUUUGCAGAGCAUAGGCAUCUUGGUGGCAGCCUAUAUUUUAUACUUCAAGCCAGAGUACAAGUAUGUAGACCCCAUCUGCACCUUCCUCUUCUCCAUCCUGGUCUUGGGGACAACCUUGACCAUCCUGAGAGAUGUGCUCCUAGUGCUGAUGGAAGGGACCCCCAAAGGUGUGGACUUCACAGCCGUUCGGGAUCUGCUGCUGUCGGUGGAAGGCGUGGAAGCCUUGCACAGCCUGCACAUUUGGGCCUUGACCGUGGCCCAGCCCGUGCUGUCGGUCCACAUCGCCAUCGCUCAGAAUGCAGAUGGCCAGGCUGUGCUGAAGGCAGCCAGCACCCGCCUGCAGGGCAAGUUCCACUUCCACACCAUGACCAUCCAGAUCGAAGACUACUCUGAGGACAUGAAGGACUGUCAGGCGUGCCAAGGCCCCUCCGACUGACUGCCUGGCCAGGUGCCAACUGAGGCAUGGACCGGACCUGCCGCUGGUGGGGCUGAGUGUCCCCCAGGCCCAGCCAGGACUCGGGCUCCCUGGCCGUGUUAUAAAGCGGGUCCCUCUCCUGACCUCUGCUCUGUGUUGAGUGGUGAAGGAACUGUCCCCUGCCUCCCCCAUCUGACUAGAUAGCCAGUUUAAGGAUAGAGA